AACCAGCUGCCUGGUUCUGAGAAGGAGUGAGCGCAAACACUGAGCUACUUGGGCUGGAAGGCAACUCUUGGCUGAAAUUAUAAAGGGACCCCAACUGGAAACAUGCUGUUUUCUUUUCUAAUAUCGGCCUUGCUGGUCGGUGCAGCAUUAUUACUUGUGAGUGGACAGCGUCUACUACCAUUGUUAUUAUUGACCCUUCUGGUCGGCGCAGCCUUAUACGGUCUAACUGGAAAGAUUCUAAUGGGAUUGUUAAUAGUGACCCCAUUGGCCGGCUCAGAAUUAUAUGGUCAGCGUGACACUUUAAUAAAAGCAAUAGCCACUCAGGUCGAAAAACUGGGUUGUAUGGGACCCGGUAUCCAGAAUGUUCGAAACCUGGGGUCUUCCAGAGAGUUUUCAGCAGGCGGAAGUGGGAAGAUUCUUAUACCACUGUUAUCAUUAGCAGCUCUGCUCGGUGCAGGAUUAUUUGCUCUAACUGGAAGCCUUCUGACAUCAUUGUUAUCAUCAGGAUUUCUCCUCGGUGCAGGAUUGUCUAAUCUAUGGGACAAAAUGAAAAACAUAUGGUCAAAUCGUAAGAGUCAAUUUAGCAAAACGACGUCUGAUGUUUGUGAUAAAAUUGACAACACAUGCUCAAACCAUAUCCAAAAGGUGGACAAAGCAUUAUCAGGUCCAGUAGGAAAAGCUUUAGAAACUUACACAAUUCCCUUUCUGGUCUUCGUAAAAUUAGUAGCUCUUAUUGGAGAUCUUCUUUUAGCUUUGUUACUGUUGGUUCUUCUGAUCAUCACGGCAUUAUGUGGUGUAAGUAGAAAUCUUCUCAUAGGGUUGAUAAUUGUGGCCCUUCUGGGCUGUGCAAAAUUAUAUGGAAACCGUGAACAUUUGACUAAACAGCUUGAAAAACUUACCAUGUUUGAAAAAUGUAAAAUGGCUUAUAAAUAUAUCAAACAAUUAAGUAAAGUAGUGCCUCACAGGCGUGUGAUAAUAUUGUUGAUAUCGGCUGCUCUAAUUGUUGUAGAAUUAUUCAAUCUAAUGUCAAGGCUGUUAACUCUAUCUUAAACAUUGGCCCUUCUUGGCGGCACAGUAUUAUAAAAGGCGACACGGCGACCAUCCAUUGUGCGGCGCUGGAUUUCUCCUCCUUGGCUCUGUCUCAUGUUGUAUUGACAGCAUGUGAAGUGGCUGCUGCAUCAGGGAGCGUGGUUUCCACUGAACAGGAACCCGCACUGUGUGUCCGCUUGCAGUUUAGCGCUCGAUAGCACGGAAAGCAGCGCAUGUUGAGAGUGGCUACGUGCCAGUGACUGGGAACUCCGAUCAGCCUGCUGCCUGGAACUACAAACAUCCACGAUGUGGCCCAGCUCCAAUCUAAACAGCUUCCCCACUCUACAGAUGCGUUUAGGUCAUCUGCAUUCAUAUCACUUACAGUCUCGUAAAUGAGUUCUUAUUUUCUCUAAACUGGUGUAACCACAACACAAUCUUGUAUACAGCAAAAAAAUGUCUACAGCAUGUGUGGUUUUGUGUCGACAUUGACGCACAACAUAAAAUGCUAAUAGAGCUAACGUGGUUGUUUGUAAAAUGCAACACGGAAAAGAAAACAUCACGUGACCCAAGUGUCAAUGGCAUCGUGCCAUGAGUGGAAAAUAUUUUUAGUGAAGAUGGUUGGAAUCAGCUCUUUUGAGCACCACCAGAUUUACUACAUGAUAAAGUACCUGCUAUGGGCAGGGUAUGACAAUUUCUCUAUGGGAGCAGCUAAAAAGGAGCCUCAUGGAGAGACUGGGCAGGAGAGUUGAGAGGAAGUUUAGUCUUGACAUUGAGCUCUGGAUCCAUCAAAGGAUUUGGAAUGAUGUGAAAUGUAGACGUUCAGAGUUGGCAGAAGGAAGCAUUUUUUAAUAAAAUAUAAUAUUAAUUGCAAAAAGCUGAUAAAUAAAUAAAAGCUAAUAAAUAAAAUAAAAAAUAUUAGGAAGAACCCAGUCCCCAACCCCGACGCACCCUAUGCUACACUAAGGGGGUUAUUUAUUAAAAUCCAAAUUUAUCUCAUUAUUUUAUAAAUUACACCCAUCCAAAUGUUCACGGGUUAUUUCCACUUAUUUUUUAAUCCAUUUUCCCGAAAAAUUCUAGUUCAGAAAAAAAGAACUCAAACUAAUCAUGAAAAUCAUGCAAAAAUUUUAAUCAUACAGAUUUUUUGGAUUUUCCACGAGAAAAAUCCAAUUUUUUUCAGAUAUUUGCAUGAAAAUUACAUAAUCUUUGGAUUAAUGCACAAAACCCAGCGCAAAUAGGGUUGCCACCUUUUCUGGAAAUAAAUACAGGCCUUCCUAUAUAUUUA